AUGGUUCAAGAUGAUUUUCUCGAUUGUUUCGGGGACCCUUCAGUGACCGGCAAGAAGGGAACGGACAUUCAAGAAGGUAAAUGCACUUGGUUAUCGGUCGUGGCCCUUCAAAGGGCCUCCAGGGACGAACUCGAGAAUGUUAUGUACAAACAUUACGGAAAAUCCGAUCCGGAGUCGGUGGAAAAGGUGAAAGAUCUGUACGAAAAGUUGGGCCUGCCUAAUACUUAUGCGAUGUACGAGGAGGACAGUUUCAAUAUGAUUAGGCAACACGCUCAGCAAGUCUCCAGGGGCGUCCCUGUCGAAUUGUUUUUUAAGAUUAUGGAUAAGAUUUAUAGACGGGAGUGCUAGAGGGUAAUUGAUAAUUGAUUUUUGUUUUUUUUGCGAACAUUUGAUAGGA